UCAUUUUAAAGGAAAUAUCAUUUUAUACAACAUUUUAUAUUUUUCAUGAAUUCUUAAGUUUAUUUUGACUACUAUUUUGCUGUUUUUUUUUUCAUCCUAACAUGAACAGCGCAGCAGUAAUAAAACGAACAAUUUAAAAAAAAUUACUUUUAAGCCUGUUCAUUCAUCUAUAUUAUUUAUAUUCAUCGACAUUUGUCUUGCGAUGAAACCUUCAUCAUUAAAUUCCACACAUAUGCUAUUCUAUUAUGUACAAUUUUUAUUUUUUCGAAAUUUUAAACGAUGUUAGUUGCCUUUUGCAUACAACACCAUUCACCUUCUACCUACCUUAAAGGCAGCUAAACACAUUUUUUCUUCCUUUUAUAUUUUAAUUUUUUUUCCUUGAUCAACUUUGCAAAUGUUCCUUUUGUGUAUAUCUGACUGCCAGCCGCUCUGAACAUAAAUGGAAUAAAAGUAAAAGAAAAUGUGAGAGUCGUGUGGCUCUAUUCUCAUUUUUUUGUCGGCUACGACGUUCUGCACAUGCGAUGUAAGAGGACUCUAAAUUAGUGUUUCUAUAAAACUUUUUGUUUUGCUGAAUGUUAUGUCGGAAUGGCAAAAUGUUCUCCUUUAAAUUUAAAAGCACCUGCUAUACAUUUUGAUGCAUCGUAUGCGCUUUGUUUCGUGAAAUAGUGCGAUAAACAACUUGAUGUAGUUAUUCUUUUUCUUUCAUUCUCACUCGGUUAUUCUCAUCAUUCCAAAUUUUGGAGUAAAUAUUUUGUUCAAAAACCGUUUGUUGAAUUCAGAAAGAUCAUAGCAUUUCAUCAAAACAGACGUAUCUACUCAGAAUUUAAAAUGAAAAUUAAUUUUGUCACUAAGUCGUGAGAAAUUUCUACAUGAAAAAAACUUAUAUUAAUAAAAAAAAAAUCGAAGAGUGAAUGAAUCGUGUUUUUUUUAUUUUGUUUACCCUUAAUGAGUUUUGAUGUGAAAAGGAAGUAUCAUAAAAGUUGCACAAAAAUAAUUGCAAAGAAUAUUAAAGAUUAAGUAUUUAAAAUUAUUCAGAAAUCAAUUAUCGCAAAUUUCAAACGUGUACAUAUGAUACAUAUGAAUAAAAAGUGUAUUAUAAAAACGAAAAUAGUGUUUUCAAACGAGCCACGAUAUUAUUUCUUUUAAUGUGAAUAAAAGCUUUGACGAAAGAAAAAUUUAAAAAAAUCUCAACAAUACGCUUGUGGAAAAAAUAUUUAUUCUAUGUUAGUAUUCAUAAAUAUUUAAUUAUAAAGGCAACAUUAUGAGAACGUCGUUGUUAUUGUUGUUUAUUCAGCUUAAAGAAUACUGAAACUUUAAUCGACUACAUGAAAGUUAAAAAGGAACAAAUAACUCACAUUGCAAUUAUAUUUUUGAUCCAUUUGUUCUUGCUUUAGAAAACAUUUUGGAGAUGCUCAUUCUGAUUGGAUUUUUAUUUGCCUCUAUUCAAAAUUUUAUCUGAGAAAAAGUGAAAAUUUGCUGUGAAAGUAGAAAAAGUGUUAUUUAUUAAAAAGACAUAAAAACAGUCAAACAAAUAUCCGUUUAAUAUUGAAAAUAAAUUUAAAUGGAUUUUUGAACCGAGAUUACUCAUUAUUUUAAUUAAUUAUAUCAAUCUUAUUCGUUAAUUUUAAUGAGGAUUUAAUUGUCUAGAAACCAAUAUUUUUUGGAUGUUUUAUAAGGAAAUUAAUUUAAAUCCGCGAACUAUUACCUUAACCGUCAAACCAACUGUAUAAAUUUAUAAAAACGAAAACGUAAAAAAAAGCAAGUGAUUUAUCAAGUGAUUAAAAAACCGGAAAUUAAAAACGAGAGAUAUGAAAAUAUACAUAUUCAUACUUCAUUUUCUCGCAAUUUAAUUAAUUAUUCUGACAGUGUGGACAAAAGGAGAGAAAAAAGCGAACAGUCCAUAAUUCUUAAAGCCGAGCACUUGUAUGAUACUAAUGAGAUUCGGGCUCGAUUUAAUAAAAAUCGCUGAUGUGGUACCGCUCUGAUACAAUAUUAACUUUCUUUCCUCGGUGCAUACUUCAUUUUGUUAUUUGUAUGUAGUUUUGUGAAUGUGAAAUAAUUUUUAAAAUAUAUUGCAAAAGCAAAAUAUACACUCAUAGAAAAAAAGUAACCACAAUAUUUGUUAUAUGUUUGUUAAACUAGUUUAACAAAUUAUUGGUUAAGUUUACAUGGGUAAAAAAAAUUUCAACCAAACUAUUUGUUAAAAAUUUUACAAUUGAGUUUGUUAAAUCAACAAAUUUAUUUGUUAAUAAUUGAUUUAAUUAAAUUUUAAUUUUUGUAUUCAAAACUCUUGUUUGAUUAAUUUCAAACGAUUCCCAUUAAUUUAUUGCGUUAUUUUUAAUGAGAAAACUGCUUUAAAUUGAAUUUUGUUGAUUUUGUUUAACAAAUUAAUUUGUUAAUUUUAACAAAACAUUUGUUACAAUGUUUUUAUUUGUAAUUUGUUUUGGAAAAUAAUGAUUUACAAACCAAAUCGUAAUUUAAAAAUUAAAUUUGUUCAUUUUUUUAAGUCCUACAUUUCUAUUUUAUUAUUCAUAAAUUAAUUUUAAAAUUUGGAUAUAUUUUUUAAAGAAUUAUUUAUAUUGGUUCUGAAUCAAAUUUUAUAAGUAAAAGUUUACAAGCAGCGGACUAGCGGAUCAUCAACAGGAAUUCAGAAGUUAAGCAACCACGGAAACAUUUUAAAAUAAGAUGGGUGACCAAAUUAACAAUUUUCUGGUUAAUAUUAACCGAAAAUUUGUUAUUUUUUUCUGUAAAAAAAAAUUUUAACAAAAAGUUUGUUAAAUUAACAAUUUUUAUAGUUAACAAUUCAACCUUACAAAUAAUUUGGUUAAAUUUAACAAAUAAGUUCGUAAACACUAUUUUAACGAAUUGUUUGUUAACAUUUUCCAUACAAGUUACAAACAUUUUGUUACUUUUUUUCUAUGAGUAUACAAAUAAGGAGAAAAUUUCAUCCAAAUAGAGGUGGUUAAAUAAAAAAGAGAAAAAAAUAAUGGCAAGAAUAUCAAUCGGUAGCAAAAAAAUGUUGCUUUUAGGAUUAACCAUUCUGAUUUCAACGAUAUUUGUUAAUGCAAACAAAUUGUUAAAUACGGAUAGUAGUGAAAUUGAAUAUGAAAAUAAUGAUAAAUUUAGUGAUAAACUGACUCAUAAUAAUAAUGUAGAAAAAAAUAACAAUAGAUAUGAUAAUAAUCAAAAUGGUGAUGAACAAAUGCCUGUUAAUGAUCAAAUUAGUUUACUCUCAAAGCGACUAGAAAUUUUGACCGAACAUCGACAAGAGGAUUACCGUAUGUUGGAACGUAGUCUACAUUCGUUUGUUCAAAAACAUUUGCACGAAUAUAUAAAUGUAGACAUAAAAAAGGAAUUAAAGGAUUUAAGGGCCGAAAUCAAAAUUCUUCGUCAAGGUGUGUCACCAAAUCAAGAAAAACUGACAACUUGGUUAUCGAGUUCAAUAUCAGAACUGAGAACAGAAAUAGCAGAACUUCAGGAAAGCGCUAGUAAUCUAUCAAAAACGUGUCAUCAACGCAAUCUAUUUGCAGACGAUCUCAAGAGGAUUCGUGAUGAAAUAAAAACUUUUAAACUUGAAAUAAAUGCGAUAAAAUCCCGUCAAGAAAAGAGUGAUGUUCUAUUGCGUGAAUUAAGGGAGGAAAUAACAGAAAAUUCAAAAGAUUUGUGGAGUAGUUAUGAAGAACGUAGAAAAAAGAUUGAGCCAUCAUCUACUACUUUUGACUAUGUUCGAUCAGAAGCAGAACACAAAUUGCGACACUAUCGUUUGUUACGUGCACAAGUACAAGAACUGGAAUCAGCACAACGUUUAUUACAACAAAGAAUGGCAGAAAUAGACAAUGAGAAAGUAAUCGAGAGAUUGCAAAAUAUUGAAGAGAAGCAGAAAGAACUUGAAAAUUUAAACUUCAACUUGAGUCGAGAAAUUAGUAGUUUCGAAUCGUCAAGUAAAAAAUCAACUCUAGAAUUACUUGAAGACAUUGCUGAUAUUGAAACAAAGAUUGACCAUACAAUUCCUGAGAUAAGGAGAGAAAUUACAAAAGUUGAAAUAGAUUCAGCACAAAUUUCAUCGAAUCAAAAUAUAUUGAAGGAAGAAGAUCAUAAUAUGGCGAGGACAAUUCAAGCACUUGCAGUCAGCAUAAGUACUUUGCAAAAUGAGCGUUCUCGACAACCCAAUCUCGAUACUGAAUUGAAUCGUGUUAAAAUGGAGAUUGAUAAACUUCGAACAUAUGUCGGUCUUAAAAGUAUUGGAAAAGAAAAGAGUCUGAGUUCCCACGAGAUGCAACGAGCAUCUGAAAAUAAUAAAAAAAAUAACGACAAAAUUGAUACAACAGUGAAGCUAGUAAAGGAACUGGAAUAUGUUGAAAAGCAAUAUCAUAAUAUCAUUGAAGCACUCCCAAGCGGAUGUCAUGAGAUAGAAACAUCUGAUAAUGAGUUGCACAUGAUAGCACCAGCAGACUAUCCACAUCCGACUUUAGUAAAAUGUAUCGGUCCCUGGACAGUGAUUCAAAAGCGUCAUGAUGGUUCAGUUGACUUUAAUCGAUCAUGGGAAGAAUAUGCAAAAGGUUUCGGCGAUCCAAACGAUGAGCUUUGGAUAGGAAACGAAUUACUGCACCAACUUACAAAGGAUAAUUGUACAAAGCUGAGAAUCAUUAUCCAAGAUAUUGAAAAUAAAACACUUUAUGCUGACUAUGAUUCAUUUUAUAUUGCAACAAGGAGUGAAGGUUAUCGAAUCGAUCUUGGUGGAUAUUCUGGAAAUGCUUCAAAUGCGCUUGAUUAUCAAAAUCAUAUGAAAUUUUCAUCCAUAGACGUUGACUUAGACAUAUCGCAUGAUCAUUGUGCGGGAGAAUACGAGGGAGGAUGGUGGUUUUCUUAUUGCUCACAUGGGAACCUUAACGGAAGAUACAAUUCAGGUGUAACAUGGUAUGAUUUAUCUAACAAUGAAUGGAUGGCAGUGAAAACAACACUUAUGAUGAUAACAAAACGUCAAGAAUGCCUUAAUGAGAACAACGAAGAGAGCUAUAUAAGUUCGAUUGACGUAAACGAUAAUGGUUCACGAACUAAUUGAAACCAAACAUAAGAUGUCAGUUGAAUGGAACAAUAAUGGCAAAAAAGAGUCAUGAUCAUUGCACAAUAAUCCAUAGCAGUUAAUUAUUUUUGAGCUUAUUGAUGAAAUCCUAUAUAGAUUUUGUAUAUGUUCACUGUAGAUUAUGACAUAGCUAUAAGUCUCACUAUUUUCAUUCUACUCUCUCUCCAUUUAAUUACAUAAUUUCAAAUUUUCCAAUGUACACAUAUCAUUUCUUGGCUUCAUUUCAAUCCUUUAUCUUCCAUGAAAUAAAGCUUUACUCAUUAAUUUUUAAUUUCAAAAAAUAAUCCCUGAAUCCAUAUUAAUUUUCAUAGUUAGAUACGUACACAUGCACAACACAAUAAGAUAUAAUAAAAAAUACUAACAAUAAUAAUGAAUACAUAUCUAUCCUUUAUCAUGCAAUCUUGCAAGAUUGCACACUGUAUCAAGUCUGGAAUGAUUAUAAUCUUAAAGCAAUAUAAUCUUGAAAUGUCUCAUCGUCAUAUAUUGCAAAAGCAUCAUAAUUUGAAGAUUUUGAGUCUGAAAAAAAUAUUAAGGUUGCUUAUGACUAUUAUUUGACAUGGCAUCUUAUAUAAAAAAUAACAAUUGAGAUCGAAAAAUAUUAGAGAACAUGGAAAAUCACUUCGAACUACAAAAAACCAAUUUAACAAAACAAAAAAAAAAUAAAAAAAUAAUAAGUGGAGAUGAGAUAGAUUUAUUGAAUAUAGAAAAUUUAUCUUUACUAAAUUGCAAAGAAUUUGUUUUGAGAAAAGGCAAUAAUAUGUAGUUGUAUUUAUUUUCAUGUUUAUUCUUCUUCCUUUAGUUUCAUCCACGAACUUUUUUUAAAUUAUAUCAAAAACCCUAGACGAGAGCUCGAAACAGGAAAGGAUUCAAGAGAAAUACACUUCAAAUAAAUGCUUUUUUUUUCUCAAAAGAGAAAUAUGAGGAAAGAAAAUAUCAAAAACUUACUUUUUUUUUCAUUGAUGAUAAAUAAAUUUAAUAAGAUCGAAAGAAACUUGAAGUUAUGAAACAAGAAUGUGCUGCUUUAUAAGACUUGCUUUAUUUAAUACAACUCGUAGUGAUAUUCUUAUAGCAUCAUUGAAUGCUCAUUUUUUAAAAUGAAAUUUUCUUCAAAAUUUAUUACCUUGCCUAAAUUGUAGAGCUGCAAAAAGUUUAGUACAUUUAUACCGUAACUUAAAACUUUCACGGAGAUAAGUUUUUUAACGUAAUGAAGACAUUAAAAAGUUGAUUUGAAUAUGUUCUCUAAUUCCAAUAAGAAGCAAUUGAGAAGACAUUAUUAAAAACUUUAUCAUUUUCUUAAUAACAUUUUCGUAGUGAUUUUUGGUAAUCCUUAUAAUAUUAUUUCAGAAGAAAUAAGAACUGAAUUAAUAUUGUCACAAGACGUUUGACUUGAAAACGAUAUCCAUUAGAACUGAUCUCAUAUUACUUUUAAGAGAUGACACGAGCAAAUAGAAAUACAAUAGAAUUAUUCUAUUCUCAAUAAUCUUCAAGUUGAUGUUGUAAUAUUGAAUUUUACCGCCAUCGUAUAUUUUUUCGUUUUGUUUAUUCACUUGAUCCUGCCAUAUCAAGAAACGUGCAUAUAACAUUUUUAAAGUUAAUAAAACAAACUACUAUUAGCGAUGCUUACGGUGUUCAUAUCAUACAUGAUGUAUUUUGUAAUGUACAGCAGAUAAAAAUUGUUUAUCAUUUCACGAGGAAAAUUCGUGCUUUCAAUGGAUAUAUACAACAUUUUCAAUAGAUGAUAAGGUAAAUUUUUUUGAUAGAUAGAUUGAUGUACUUUUUAUAUGUUUGUACAAUGCUAGAUUAUUUACCAAAACAGCAUCAUAUUAGGUUCUUAUGAUUAAUAGACAUACAGAGUAUGAAUGGAAUGUGAUUUUCCUAUAUAGGUACUUACUAUUCCUUUUACGCUUUUUUUAUAAAAACAGACACUCGUAAUUAAUUAAUUUAGAUAUUUUUUAAAAACCAAAGAAUGAAAAAGAAAAAAGAACGAAUAAAACAAGAUAAUUUAAUUAAAAAUAAUUUUAUUUUUCUCCUAGGAUAUAGCUAAGCAAGUUUGCUUUGUACAUUAAAAAAGAAAUUAAUUUUUUAACAUAAAUUAUAAACUCAGAAUUUAGAUUAAACGAUGAAUAAAUUUUAAGGAAAAAUUA